CUUUCAUCAACAAGAGAUCUAGAAGGAAAAUAUUCUAAUUCGUUUAACAUAACUCUACGGAACUCAUGUUUCUUCAUUAAUAUCUAAAUAUCAGGGAAUAAGACAUCUCCAGAGAUAUUUUAUUGUUACAGAGAGUUGAAGGUGCUACAGAAUAUAAAAAGUUUGAGGAUGUAUUUCAUUUCAACCUUGUUCCUGUUCAUCAUUGCAUUAUUGUCUCUUGCGGAGUCAUCCUCUCCAGCCGAGUUUAUGGAAUCCAUUAAUGGGUACAGAAGCGCAUGCAAAAAACUUGGCUGGGAACCAAAACAAGGGUGUACGUCAGUUGGUCAUGUGAUUGCCUUCCACGCCGCCAUUAAAUUUCGUCUCCGUAACGUUCCCGUGAACACAAUUAUAAAAUUUGAGGAUGUUUUACUGAAUAAAGGAAACGGAUAUGAUCCUAAAACAGGUGUUUUUACAGCACCAGAGGAAGGUGUUUACUUCUUCGAGUGGACAUUUAUUUCAACCAGAAAAUCAACAGUUUACGUAGAGGCAGUGGUAGACGGUGCACGGAAAGCAUCGACUUGUGUGAAUGAUCAACAAAGUUAUCAUGUUAGUACCUCAGGUCACUUGCUUUAUGAGCUGAAGAAAGGAAACAAAGUAUGGAUCAGAACAUUUUAUGUGAAGGCUGGAUAUAUGCACGCUGACAAGUACACAUAUUUCUCGGGAUACAAAAUAACUUUAACGACUGUCCUUCUGGUGCUUCAUACGACCUUUUCUGUCUCAGAGUCAUUAACGCCGUCAAAGUUUAUCAAAGAUUUCAAUGGUUAUAUGAGUGUUUGCCAACGGGCUGGCUGGGAACCAAGGAAAGGGUGUUCGCCAGUUGGUCAUGUGAUUGCCUUCCACGCCGCCAUUAAAUCUCGUCUCCGUAACGUUCCCGUGAACACAAUUAUAAAAUUUGAGGAUGUUUUACUAAAUAAUGGAAACGGAUAUGAUCCUAAAACAGGUGUUUUUACAGCACCAGAGGACGGUGUUUACUUUUUCCAGUGGACAUUUAUUUCAACCAGGAAAUCAACAGUUUUCUUAGAGACAAUGGUAGAUGGUGUACGGAAAGUAUCGACCUGUGUGCAAGAUCAACAAAGUAAUCAUGUUAGUACCUCAGGUCAUUUGCUUUAUGAACUGAAGAAAGGAAACAAAGUUUUUAAAUUUAGUUUCAGUUUGCUUAAAGGGCUUCUACCACUACAGAUCAGUAAAGCAGAUUCCAAACUUCAAAGAGCCAGUGCCAAGGAAAGAAUGAUGUGGACACCCCUUGUUCCUACUUUCUUGAUCCUUCUUAUUACAUUAUCCAUCGUAAGAGCAUCAUCUCCAGAUGAAUUUAUGGGAGACAUGAACGGUUAUAGAAGUGCUUGUAAGAAACUUGGCUGGGAGCCUAUGCGAGAUUGUACAGCUAACCAUGUAAUUGCGUUUCAUGCCAACAUAAAGUCUCAUCUCAACGAUGUCCCUAUAAACACGACUAUUAAAUUCAACAAUGUCCAGUUAAACAAAGGUGAAGCUUAUGACCCUGAAACUGGCAUCUUUACUGCACCGGAGGAGGGAGUCUACUCUUUUGCGUGGUCUUUUCUUUCAAAACAAGGAGGAACCGUGUAUAUUGCUGCAACAGUAAAUAAAAUAGACCGGGCCCAUACGUGCAUUGGAAUCCAGCAAAGCCAGUAUAUUAGCACGUCGGGGAACUUGAUCUUUGAACUCAUGAAGGGAAAUAAAGUAUGGAUCAGAGUUUGGCACAUUCCAGCAACAUUCAUACACGGUGGAUACUAUACUUACUUUUCCGUAAGUAAAAUAAACUCUUUUUGAAAAGAAAAUUUUUAGGAGUGCCAUGUUAUUAUGAAUCAUUAUAGCGUCUUAAGGAAAUAUAUAUGAUGCAACCGCUUUUUGUGAUACAUUUCACAGAU